AUGCUUCAAGUCUCCCAUCCCGCAUCGUAUCCUAUUAACAAUAGGACAUCAUCAUCCUUCUAUCAACGCAGUGGUGUUGAGAUAGAAGAAAUGGCGACGAUCAACGAAUUCAAGGAAAUCCUCAAUACCGAAGUAUAUGUUGAUCUGGAUCGGCUUCGUGAAUCGGCCAGGCAUGGAAUUCCGAUGGAAGUUCGUGGGGAAGUAUGGAAGUAUUUGCUAGAAGUAAAUCCGGCUGAUAGAUCACAAGAAUUGACUAGUCUCAAAGCAAAAUCCGAUGAAUAUCUAGCCAUUGAGAAAGAAAACAUGGAAAUUGUCAAACGUGUACGCGGGGAAGUUAGCCGGUACCAACAAAGAAUUAAAAACUUCGAUGACACGAAUGACUAUACGAGCAUAUUUGAAAACGUCAUCAGCGCGUAUAUGAAUCAUAAUCGUGAGGUUGAGUAUUACCCUGCUCUUGUGCAACUAUCCGCACCUUUCGUGUACUGCGUGAAAAAUGAGCCUGAGGUCUAUUAUUGCUUUGAGCGUCUAAUGUCAAUAUUAGAUGAGUACUACUCUACUCAUAAUAUCAAUGAGAGGGUUGCGAAUUUCAUGACAUUAUUUCGGGCAGUUCUUCCCGAUCUAUAUAAUUACUUUGAAGAGGAGGAAGUUUAUUUGAACGAGUGGGCAACCUCAUGCUUACAAUACCUACUGUCCAGAGAGCUUCAACUAGCUGAUAUAAUGCGUCUUUGGGACACGUAUUUCUCAAUCCCGGACCCAAUUGAAUUUCACCCUUACGUGUGUUUAGCCGUGCUAAAGCAUUUCAAAGAAAAUCUUGAAGAAUUGGAACAAUCCGAAAUUCGAACAUUAUUGUUACGCUUGCCCUCAAUGGAUUUAGAGCAG